GCAGGCAGGUACAGAGAGUGGCCUCGACGGAGAUGUAGACAGGGCUUGAGCGCAUCACUCCUGGACUGAGAUACGUGCCGGCCGGGCAGUGAGGAAAGUGAUGGAGUGUGGUCUGGACAGGUUCUUCACCUGGGAGGAGGUGCAGAAGCACUGUAGCCGCAACGACCGCUGGCUGGUGAUCCACAGGAAGGUCUAUGAUAUCUCGGAAUUCAGCAAAAGGCACCCGGGAGGCGCCCGAGUGAUCGGGCACUACGCUGGGCAGGACGCUACGGAUCCCUUCACUGCCUUCCACAUUGAUAAGACGCUGGUGAGCAAGUAUCUGAACUCGCUGUUGAUUGGAGAGCUUGCUCCUGACCAGCCCAGCUUGGAAUCUUGGAAAAGUAAACUGAUAACAGAGGAUUUCCAUGAGCUGCGUGCACUUGUGGAAAAGACGAACCUCCUCAAGCCGAACAAGCUGUUCUUUGCUGGAAUGCUAGCACACCUACUACUCCUUGAUGCUGCGGCCUGGCUCACUCUAUGGUAUUUUGGUGCCUCCUUUGUCCCCUUUAUGAUCAGCACAGCUCUUCUGGCCAUUGUGCAGGCACAGGGUGGUUGGCUACAGCAUGACUUUGGGCACCUAUCAGUGUUUAGCAAAUCCAAGUGGAACCAUAUUGUUCACAAAUUUAUCAUUGGUCACCUGAAAGGUGCCCCAGCCAGCUGGUGGAACCACCUCCACUUUCAGCAUCAUGCCAAGCCCAACUGCUUCCGCAAAGACCCUGACAUCAACAUGCAUCCCAUCUUCUUUGUCUUGGGAAAGAAGCUCCCAAUUGAGGUGGGGAUACAGAAGAAGAAGUAUAUGCCAUACCAAUACCAACACAAGUAUUUCUUCCUGAUUGGACCUCCAGCACUACUCCCCCUCUACUUCCAAUGGUACAUCUUUUACUUCGCUGUGCAACGAAAGCAGUGGGUGGACUUGGCCUGGAUGGUGUCUUUCUACAUUCGUAUCAGCUUGACUUACAUCCCACUGCUUGGCAUUCAAGGUUUUCUGCUAAUGUUCUUUUUAGUGAGAUUUAUGGAAAGUAAUUGGUUUGUGUGGGUGACUCAGAUGAACCACAUUCCCAUGAUAAUUGACCAUGAUCAGAAGGAGGAUUGGCUGACCAUGCAGUUGCAUGCUACUUGUAACGUCCAUCAGUCUGUCUUCAAUGACUGGUUCACAGGUCACCUCAACUUCCAGAUUGAACAUCACCUGUUUCCUACGAUGCCAAGGCACAACUUGCACAAGGUGGCACCAUUGGUAAAGUCACUGUGUGCCAAACAUGGCCUAGAAUACCAGUCCAAGCCUUUAUUCACUGCCUUUGCAGACAUAGUACACUCCUUGAAAGACUCUGGGGAGCUCUGGUUGGACGCUUAUCUACACAAGUGAUUGGUCACAGCAAGCAACAAACCGCACACUCUUACAGUUGCUGCCUUGCAGAUAGGAAAACCAGUGCCCGAAGGAGCUGCUGCCAUUUUGUAGACAUUGUGCCAGGAACCACAGGAAAAAUAUUAUUAACUCUAGUGGGAUGUGAUUAUGGUUGAAGGAACUGAGCUAUUAUCAAUUAGAAUACAAAUGUAAUUCAAUAUGCUACAAGUUUGGGAAUUAGUUUUGUGCUUAGCAAAGGAUUCUAGUGCUGGAGACUAGAGCAUCUUCCAUUCCAGUGUUUAAUUUUUACACCCUGAAGGGGUUGGGCCUAGUAAUUUAUGUUACUGGCCUGCGUGUUGAAUUACAAGUUCCACCUUGCCCAGGCCAUUAUCCUGGAGGUCAGACAGGAAAAGGGGGUGGUAUCAGCAUGGCAGCAUCCUGUCAAACUGCAGAGUAGGUGGCAGGCAGGUUAUAUGCUUUCCAGCCUGCCUGACUGACUUCUGUUACAGAGGGACUCCUGCUCUGUAAUGGUGGUCUAGUUGCCAAGGACAUUUUUUUUCAUUUGAAUGUUUAAAAUGUGUGCCUCCACCUUUUGCAUCCUCUCUCUUACCUGAAAUGCCAGCCUGCUGCUGCUUCAGUGCUGAAUUGGUUCACCAUUUUCAAGAGCCCUUAAUUGACUGUAGGCCUCCCUUCUGGGUCAUUAAUCAAUCAGUAAGGGGAAAAUCACUGCCUGGGAUUACUCCCCCAUUUGACCGUGACACCAGUAUCCUGAAGCCAGUGGAGAAGAUCCCGGCUCAGGGUCACUGCUGAGCUCUGUCGGGUCACUUAAGACACGAUUAGAUGGAUAGCAAAGUCCGCUACACUCUGCCCCAGCGGUGUGCUUCACCCACAGUGUCAGAAAUAUACUGUCCGCUGUGCCAAGAUUAUACAUUCCCAUCUCGCAUUUUGUGCUGCAGGUGCAAACUGCAUUUGUUCCAAGAUUCAUACAGCCAGUAGUGGCAGCAUCCUUUCAUCCAAAAUACCAGAGGUGCAGCAAGGUGUUUCCACACUCUGCAGCAGCCACUUCUCUUUUCAGUUAUCACUUGAUAAUUAUUCAAACAAACUAAUGUCUUUCUUGUACUGGUUAUUUUAAGUCAGUGCCUCAAUUAAAAAUGGACAGAGCAACAUGAUCAAAUAUUAAUUCACUGCCCACUAACAGAACAGCAAUAACCUUUAGGCUUAUAUAUGAUUUCUGGUUUUGUGGUCAGUGAUUGAUUGUAACAUUCUGUCUACGCAAUGGUAUUGUAUUAUAAUUGAUGGUGGAAUCCACCAAUAAUAGGGACUGCUGCAUUCACCAAUGGGCUCAAUGCUAUAUGUCUGCUAGCUUAUCAAUAUUUCAAGGUAGGUGUGAGAAUGUUGUGGAACCUCUGCUCGUUUAUUGACAGCAAGAAGUAAUCUUAAACUAAGGUGGUUCAGGGUCAUCGUUCAACAGCAUCCAUGACAUGGACCAUUCAUUCCAGUUUGUGGAGGAUAUGGAGAAGUGAAAGUGGGGGUAUCCAGUAGGACAGUUAUUACAAGGAAGAUUGUGUUCUUUAUUUUUUCCAAGCCAGGGUGAUAAUUGUUAGAAAUUUGAAUUCUCACUUAACUCCAGUGUUAAUUUUGUGUAGUCAAUCUUCACCCUAACCAGUGAGUGACUGAGUUGCACAGAACAGGAAAGCUGCAGGUUCAAUAUUUAGCUCAGUGGAAUCAGCGAGUUCCGUUGGGGAUAACACUGGGAGCAGAGUAAUUGGUGCCAGUACUCCUGUUGACAGAAAGGGAGAGAAUUCUUCUUCGGGGUUCUUAUUCAUAAUUGCUAACUACUGACCCUUUCAGGAAAGUGCCUGUACUAGAGAGGGAUUGGAUCAGUUUCUCAACAUACGAGUCCCCUAUGGCUAAAUAACUAGUUAAUAUUCAUUCAAAGAUUCAUAGAAGAAAUAUGAGCAGGUGGUGCAUGGCUCACUGGGCAUCAGUACUACAAUGUAAACAGAGAUGUUUGCUGUUGCAAUUAAUUUCUAAUGUAGACACAUUAGGAAUGCAUACAUGCACAACUGAUCAUACACAAUCUCUGUAUAUUUAUAGAUCCAUAUACAGGUCAUUCUGCUAUAACGUGUGUUUCGUUAAUGAAAAUUUGCUGUAACACAAUUGAUGAAUUGGGAACAUUGUUUUUAAAGCAGGAACUUUUAAGAUAUGUGGCUGUAACGUGAUUACAUCGCCAACACUUUAAGCGCUAAAGCGUGAUUUUUCUAUAACACGGGGUUGCACAAGAACCCAACUGUCACGUUUAAGAAUCAUUACCUGUACACAUUCAGAGAUACUGCUGCACAGUGGCUCAAACACAACCACUCACCAUCACAACUACUUGCAAAUAUAUCUCUAGAAUGAGGCCUAUUUGUUUGUCCCAGACUGAAGGCUGCAAUGGUCAAGGCUUUCACUGUACCAGUUUCCUCAUCUUUCCUAAUGCAGAGUUUAGUGUUUGAGCCCCUGGCAGAGCUUUGUCCUCCAGAACUUCAUCCUUCACAAAGAAGACUCAUUAAUGAAUGGUUAGUUACCUGUUUCAAUGGUAGGUGCAAUGUAGACAAUCCCAAUUCUGUUCAGGUCAACCCAGUCAGGCAGGUGAUCUGACAAUGGUGACUGGGAGUAGGAGAUCUGGCUGAUUCUCAUAGCUGCGGUCCCAGAGACUGAAACUGCCUAUAUUUGGUUCACUGCUCACAGCCUUUGAAUUGAACCUUUGACAUUGUGACCUGGAAAGUUCAGCAAGUGGUGCAUUUAACCAUCAGGUCAUCUGCUCAUCAACAUUCUAACAGGUAUUCACACUACGGCACUAGUUUUCUCAUCAAAUUGCUGAUGGUAACCAAUUCAUGAUAAAUUGAUUACGAUCGCAGGAAAUCGAGACCCGUAAUUUUGAGGGUCUAAACAAAAGAGCUUUGUUAUUAGAGUUAGUUUGUGGAUGUUCUUUGUUAAAGUAACAGUAUCAAACAGAAUUAAUCCAGGCUUGUUUUUUUCAGCAAAUGACUAUUACUUUUACACUGAAUAAAAGAGCAUUUUUACAUCAGUGCUCUUUUAGAUCACUGUAGUCACAUCAACAC